AAUAAUGGCAUAUUCCAUAUUUCUUCUUAACAUCAUCGCAGUCGUCACAUUAUGUACUUUGGAGCUAGAAGGAAACAUACACUACGAGGUUGGAAAUAACACCGAUAUGGAAGCCGCACUUCUUCUGUACCAAAAUUACGAAAAACGACAUGAAAAAAUGAUGAAUAAAUUAAUUAUAUCAAUUUGGAACUACAAAACCAAUUUGACAGACUACAAUAAAAGAGAAUACAAUAAGAUGAAUGAAGAAAUUAAGGCAUUCCAUGAUGAAACAAGGAAAAAUGCUACUUCCUUUGCAUGGGAGAACUUGGAGGAUAUUGAUGUGGCUGCAUUGAAUUGGUUUCUUUAUAUGUCCAAAAAACCUGAUGAAAAAGUAGUAGAAAAUGCUGCGAAGCUCAAAAAAGUUAUUACAGAAAUGGAAGAAAUUUAUGGAAAAGCUAAAGUAUGCAGCUACCUGUCAACUUUCCUCCAGCCUUGUACAUUAGAAUUAGACCCAGAUAUAUCUGAAAUUAUGAAAGAAUCAAGAAAUUAUCAGGAGCUCAAACAUUUUUGGACUCAGUGGCGAGACGAGACAGGAAGGAAAAUGAGAGGAGAUUAUCUCAGAUACAUCGAUCUUAAUAAUGAAAAUGGUUACUCAAAUACGCAAUUUGAAGUAGAUGAAGACUACUUUUUGAUGUGGGAAACUCUCAAGCCAUUAUACAGAGAACUGCAUGCUUAUGUGAGACGAAAGUUAAUUGGAAAAUACUCAGAAUCUUACAUAAAACCUAAUGGUCCUAUACCAGCCCAUUUAUUAGGGAACUUGUGGGCUUAUUCUUGGGGAAAUAUUUUUGACCUUGUUAUACCUUAUCCGAAUAAGAAAUCAGUAGACGUGACAAAGGCAAUGCGGGAAAAGAACAUAACUCCUCUGGAUAUGUUCAAGAUAGCUGAAAAAUUCUUUAUAUCUAUAGGCUUGAUGCCUAUGCCAGCAGAAUUCUGGAAUAGGUCCAUUAUCAAAAAGCCCCUCGACAGAGAAAUGGUGUGCCACCCCACUGCUUGGUAUUUCUAUGAUGGAAACGAUGUUAGAAUUAAGAUGUGCACUACAGUUGAUAUGGAUAACUUAGCCAUUGUGCAUCAUGAAAUGGGACACAUAGAAUACUACUUGCAUGUACAAGAUCUUCCUCUUUAUCAGAGACAUGGAGCUCAUCCAGGUAAAAACAUAACUCCUCUGGAUAUGUUCAAGAUAGCUGAAAAAUUCUUUACGUCUAUUGGCUUGAAGCCUAUGCCACCAGAAUUCUGGAAUAAAUCCAUUAUCGAAAAGCCCCUCAACAGAGAAAUGGUGUGCCACCCCUCUGCUUGGUAUUUCUUUGAUGGAAACGAUGUUAGAAUUAAGAUGUGCACUUCAGUUGAUAUGGAUAACUUAGCCACUGUGCAUCAUGAAAUGGGACACAUAGAAUACUACUUGCAUGUACAAGAUCUUUCUCUUUAUCAGAGACAUGGAGCUCAUCCAGCAUUUCAUGAAGCUGUUGGUGACCUGAUAGCUCUUUCUGUAACAACCACUGAUUAUUUAGAACGAAUUGGUCUCUUAGAAGAAGCUACAGACGAUCCAGAAACUGAAAUCAAUAUUCUACUUUACAUGGCAUUAGAAAAAAUAGCAUUUCAGCCACAUGGACUGAUCGUAGAUCUUUGGCGAUCGAAUAUUUUUAAUGGGUCUACAGACAAAAGUGAACUCAAUAAAGCUUGGUGGAAAUUAAGGCUCGAUUAUCAGGGGGUGUGUCCUCCGGUUUUACGAAGUGAAGAUGAUUUUGAUGCUGGUGCAUUGUACCACGUAGGAGCCGAUAUAACUUACUUAAGGUAUUUUGCAAGUAUAAUAGUUCAAUUUCAAUUUCAUCAAGCUCUUUGUGAGGAAGCCGGCCACAAAGGCCCUCUACAUAAAUGCAGUAUAUAUAAAAACAAAAAGGCAGGAAAACUUCUAAGUGACAUGCUCAAAUUGGGUAGCUCAGUACCAUGGACAGAAGCCAUGAAACUGAUAACAAAAGGAAAAACUGAUAAAAUGGAUUCUGCCUCAAUUCUGGAAUAUUUUCAACCUCUAUAUGCCUGGUUAAAAAAGCAAAACAGGAAUGAAUUUGUAGGGUGGAACACUAGUGGCGAUCCUAUGAAGUGUCCAUAGUAAAGAUUAAAAAUGGAACUCAAUUUUAUGUGUCUAAAUUUUAGGUAUCUAAAUUACAUUAUGGAUUUGUAGUUGUUGUUGUCGUAUACCAGUAUACCAUUAUAUAGUAUAUCAAGAGGGUGCGCUUCUUCUUAUUUUCCAGUGGUGCCAUCUAUGGCCAAGAUUUCGACUUUGUCCACAUAUAUACGUCAAAACCCGUUUAUAGGGCGGACCCAUUAAUACAUCCACAGAUCAUAAUUUUGCCCUGAACCAGAUAAUGGUCAAUCUCCAAUUGAUUUAUUGAGGGAACAUGGAGGAUUUUGUGAUCCAACAGAUUCCUAUUAUAGAUUCCCAUUCCUAUUAUAGAUUCGCAUAUCUAUAAAACACUAACAAUUCUCGUGAUUUCCGGUUGAUGGUAUGACUCAGUUAAAGUCAAGACUUUAAAUAAUAUUGUCUACAUUUAUAUGUUUUUCUUAAUUAGAUCUUUCUGUGUUCCGCCGUUUUUGUGUAAAAAAAAGGAUGAUUUUUCGCUUAACAUUUGCAUAUAUAUUAUUAAUUUUUUUAUUACAAAAUAUUUUAUGUCUGAAAUCAUUUACUAUUAAAGCUAUUGACGAUUAAAUAAAAUAAUUUGAAAUAUUC